AUGGAAAGAAAUAAUAGACAAGAAAUGAGGAGCUAUAUCAUAAAUGGGUUAGGCUGUAUUAAAGAGAAGAUAUUUAAGGAUGCACCUCCCUCUAUUAAGAAUGUCCUUAGCAUAGUCGAAGUUAAAGUGGUAUCGUCCCAGGAAGGUGACAAACGACAACAUGAUCAAAACAUUGGAAUCGUCAAAGGAAGAAAUUCUUAA